AUGUCGUCGUCGUAUGAUUACAUUGCAAAGAUCGUCUGCAUCGGCGACUCGGGGACCGGCAAAUCCUCCCUCACAAUCCGUCUCUGCGAAGGCCGCUUCACCCAACACCAUGACGUGACGAUAGGUGUCGAGUUCGGCUCCCGCAUUGUCCCCGUCGGCCCGCCCAACACGCCCCUCCCAUCUUCCAAACCGACUACAGUCCGCCCCCCGGACCUCAGCGAAGGGCUGCCCGAGCCGCGGCGCGCCGAGCCCAAAAUAGAGCAAAAGCACAUGAAGCUCUCCCUGUGGGAUACCGCCGGGCAGGAGACCUACAAGUCGGUCACGCGCUCGUACUUCCGCGGCGCGUCUGGCGCGCUGCUGGUCUUCGACAUCUCGAGAAGACCGACAUUCACACAUGUCACGGACUGGCUGAACGAUCUGCGGCAGAUAGCGGAGCCGGAUAUUGUGGUCGUGCUAGUGGGGAAUAAGAGCGAUCUUGCGACGGAGGAGGAGAGCAAGAGGGAGGUGACCGUUGAGGAGGCUCGGGAAUGGGCGCGGAAGAAUGGCGUACUAGAAUACGUGGAAACCUCUGCAAAGAGUGGCGAGGGGGUCGAGAAUGCGUUUGGUAGGGUCGCGGAAAGGAUUUACAUGAAUGUCGAGGCAGGGAAAUACGAUUUGAAUGAUAGGAGAAGUGGUGUCAAAGGGCCACCGGCGGGGGGGAGCGUUAGGGGCGGUGUGAAGCUGGGGAAGACGCCGGUUAAAGGCGCGGCGUAUGGGUGUUGUUAA